AAUUAAUUUAAUUAUAUUUUUUUUAGAUAUGAAAAUUAAAUAUUAAAUCAAGAUCAGCUGUAAUAAAUAAAAAAAAUGGUGACUGAAAAUAAAGAGCCUGAAAAGCCGAUUAACAAAUUAAUCGGCUACAGAAAAGUUCCAAACAGAAUCCGCGAUCGUAUGAUAGACAAUUCUUUAGCACACAAUUUUAUUGUACCUGAUGAUGAAAAGUUAAAAAAGAAGGUCUUGGUUAAAACCAAAAUCUUCAAUCGUUUGCUGAGGCUGAAUAAUUACAGCUACAAUAGGUAUGUACAGCUGAAGAAAAAAAUGAUAGAAUUUCUAGCUGAUGUGGAGAAUAUAGAAAGCUUGGAUAAUAUUGAUCAUAUUUUUGAUAAGUUUGUCUUCCCAAUUGACGACGAAGAACCUAUAAAGGCUGUUAGAGAUAUUAGUGAUAGUUUUGAUGAUUCUGAUGAUGAUGAUGAUAAUAAUAAUAAUGAUUCGGAAUCAGCUGAUAGUGAAGCAGCUGGAGCUGAAUUUAAGCUAGAAAGUGUUGAUGUUGAUCAUCAAAGUGAUAAAUAUUUAAUAUCAGGUCAGAAUCUAAGUGAUGAUAUUGAUAUUGAAGAUGAUAAAUCUUUAUUGUUAGCUCAUAGCCAGGAAAAGGUUGAUGAAUCUUUAUUACAAGGUCAUAAUCAAAAUGAAGAUGAUGAUAUUGAUAUUGAGGAUGAUAAAUCUUUAUUUUUGGUUCAUGGUCGAGAUAAAGUUGAUGAUGUUAAUGAUCAGUGUGAUGAAUUUUUAGGAGCUGAACAGGAUCAGGCUAUUGUUAGUAGUCAGGAUGAUAAAUCUUUAGUUUUAGAGAACAAUCUUGAUGAUCAGGUUGAUGAAUCAUCAAGACCAGGUCAUAAAGUUGAUGAUCAGGUUGGUGAAUCAUCAGGUCCAGGUUAUAGUCAAGAUAUUUUUGAUGAAUCUUUGGGAUCAGGUCAUGGUGAUGAUCAGGUUGAUGAAUCUUUAAGAUCAGGUCAUAAAAUUGAUGAUCAGGUUGAUAAAUCAUUAGGACCAGGUCAUAGUCAACAUAAAAUUGAUCAAUCAUCAAAAUCAGGUCAUAAAGUUGAAGUUCAUGAUGAUGAGUCAUCAUUAUCAGGUCAUGGUGAUGACCAAAUUGAUGAUCAGGUUGAUAAAUCAUCAAGACCAAGUCAUAAAAUUGGAGUUCAUGAUGAUAAAUCAUCAUUAUCUGGUCAUAGUCAUGAUAAAGUUGAUGAAUCAUCAGGACUAGGUCAUAAAAUUGAUGAUCAGGGUAAUGAAUCAUCAAGACCAGGUUAUAAAAUUGGAGUUCAUGAUGAUGAAUCAUCAUUAUCAGGUGAUAGUUAUGAUAAAAUUGAUGAAUCUUUAGGACAGAGUCAUAAAAUUGAUGAUCAGGCUGAUAAAUCAUCAAGACUAGGUCAUAAAGUUGAUGAUCAGGUUAAUGACACUUCAGAACCAGGUUAUAGUCAAGAUAUAUUUGAUGAAUCUUUCGGAUCAGGUCAUAGUGAUGAUAAAGUUGAUGAAUCUUCAAGACCAGAUCAUAAAAUUGAAGUUCAUGAUGAUGAAUCAUCAUUAUCAGAUCAUAGUCAACUUAUAAUAGAUGAUCAGGUUGAUGAAUCUUCGGGCGCAAAUCAUAAAGUUGAAGUUCAUGAUGAUGAAUCAUCAUUAUCAGGUCAUAGUGAUGACCAAAUUGAUGAUCAGGUUAAUAAAUCAUCAGGACCAGGUCAUAGUAAACAUAAAAUUUAUGAAUCAUCAAGACCAGGUCAUAAAACUGAAGUUCAUGAUGAUGAAUCAUCAAGACCAGGUCAUAAAAUUGAAGUUGAUGAUGAUGAAUCAUCAUUAUCAGAUCAUAGUGAUGAUAAAAUUGAUGAUCAGGUUGAAGAAUCAUCAAGACCAGGUCAUAAAGUUAAAGAUCAUCAUGAUAAAUCAUCAUUAUUGGGUCAUAGUCAAGAUAAUCUCGAUAAUAUUGAUAAAAAUGAUUUUAUUGAAGAAAAUUCUAUUGAUUUGGAUAUUGUAAAGCAUUCUCCAUUAAUUUCAGAAGAUCAAGAUCAUGAAAAACAAUCUUUAAGUGCAAAAUCAGAUGGUGAAGAUGGAGUUAAUGAUCAAGAUAGAAUAAGUGAAAUAAAUCAAGACUUAAUUGAAGAAAGUUCAUUAGACUCUAAUGGAAGAUUGGAAAUUAUAUCCAAAUCUGGAUCAGAAGCAGACUUUACCUCUUUGAAUUACAAUUCACCUAUUAAAACUCAAGCUAGAGUCAAUGGAAAUGAUUUAAUUGAAGAUCAUCCAUCAGAUAAAUCAGAAUUGCAGGAUCUAGAUGAUAAUUUUAUUGAAGAGCAUUUUUCAGAGUCUGAUGGAGAAAAGCUUUGUAUAUCCAGAUCGGAGUCAGAGCAUGAUGCUAAUAGUCAGGAUGGUAAAAAUAAUAAGGUUAUGAUUAAAGAUGAUGAUUCAGACUCGGAUAGUCCAAGGCUUUUUUUGUCAAGAUCAGAGUCAGAAGUUGAAAGCAAUGAUGGAAGAUCAGGAAAAUUAGAAACUGAAGAUGAUGUGGAUUUUGUUGGAGAACAAUCUUUAAUUCAGUCUAAAGAAUUAAGUCUAAAUACUGUUCAAAAGACAGGUGAUGAAGAAGAUGAAGAAGAUGAUGGAAAAUCUAUAACUUCUCAAUCAAAACAAGAAGAUUAUGAUAAUGAUAAUGAAGGAGAUGAUGAUAGUAAUAAAGAGUUAGCUUUAUCAGUUUUUAAUGAUAAUGAUAAUGGAAAUCAUGAAGAUGACUAUGAUGAUAUUAUAGACAAAAGUGUGAUACUUAGUUUUCCUGAUUUGGAUAAAGAUGACAAUAAAUCAGAACAAGAUGUUGAUGUUCAGGAUAAUUUCGAGACUACAGACCAUUUAAUAAAAUCAGAAUUAGAAAUUAAUAAUGAAAAAAUUCAGGCCAGUUAUAAAUCUCCGACUUCUGAUGAAGACGAUGAUUCUCAAAAAAAUUUUGCAAACUUACAAAACAUUACUUGGUCUCCAUUAAAAUUAAAUCAAGAAAUUGAAACUGAUGAUAAUAGUAUCAGCAAAUCAUCAUCUUCCAUAAUUGAUGAAAAUUUGGUUAAAAAAAUUCCAGAAAAAAACAAAAUACAUUCUGAACCUGGAGCCAAAGUCAUAAAUGACAAUAGUCGAUCGCCAGUAAUUGACCAUGAUAACUCCAGUCAAUCUUCUCAAGGAAGAAGCAAAUGCCAAUUAAAAAUAACUAGCAACCAGGUCGUCGUUUCAAAGUACACUAUCAUUAAAGACAAACCUAAGCCCCAACUUAAAUCUCCAGCUGCCAGCAGGAAUUCUUCGGAUGAUGAUGAUGAAGAACAAGUGGUGAAGAAGAGCAAGCUAGCUAGAGCUGUUAGUCCAGAACGGCGGCCCAAAAAGCAAGCUUCUCAAAAAAAGGAGCAAGAUGAUGAAUACGAUAGUGAAGAAGAAUUGAUUAAAUACAUGAAUCGCAAGAGGUCUAUGGUGAAGACUAAGAAAAAGUUCGGAGGAAAAUCUUUGACCAGUCCGACUAUCGAAGACUCGCUUAAGUUUGUUAGGAAGAAAAUAUUACCUUUCAGUGAUUAUUAUCAGUCGACUGAGAAUGAACAAGGAAACGCUUCGAUGGUUGAUGAUUAUGACUCUUCAGAGUGUUCUGAGAGCGAUUAUGUUUUUGAUAAAGAAGCAGAAGCUUCUUAUAUUCACUACAAUGAUAUUGAUCAAUACGCUGAAAGCAAAAAUUUACAGGAUUUGUAUUUAGAGACGACUUUUACUUAUGAAGAUUUGAGCGAAGAUGAUGAAAUUUUUAUGAUGGAAUUUCCUAAAUCUAUUAUUGAGAAAGGAAAUUUAGAAGGCCAACAAAUGAAACUUAAAAAGAAAUACUUGGAAAUUGGUGACACUAGAUAUAAUAUAAGUAAAGUUGAAGAUGAUGAAAUUAAUUUGGUUUUAAAAGAUAAUCAUUACGAUGAUUCAUAUCGAAUAGAAAAUAUUCAACCAAUAAAAUCAAUUAUAAUCCACGAGCCUAAAUCACCAGUUCCAGACGAAGAAAUUAUUGAUGACUCAAAAGAACCCAAAAUAUCAUUUCCAAAAAAUUUAAAAACAAGAAAUCCACUAGAACUAAAUAAACAGCCAAUUAAAGCGACUUCCAAAAGAAAAAUUGACCUAGAAAAUAAUUCACUAAAAACGAAGAAAUUAAAAUUAAUAAAUUAACUAUUUGAUAUUUUUUUAAGGACUGUAAAUAU